AUGCAGCCCAUCGUUGGCGGACAGCGUAUCACGCUGGCCAAGCGUGAAGCGAGGAACGGUCAAAGUGAUGGCGACAGCGGAAAUCAACUCGCCUCGCUCUUCACCUUGGAAUCAUUCGAUGUCGAUGCCUUGCCAACGUUGAAAAAGGGAGAGAUCCGAUGUCGCAUACUCUGUCUCAAUAUCGAACCGGCGCUUCGUGCUUGGCUAACCACUGCUGCCGUGGCGUACGCCGAUGCUGUGCGCGUCGGUGAUGUGAUACGCUCAGCGGGUGUGGCUCUGGUCACAGAGUCCCGCUGCCCGAAAUUUCGUGCCGGAGAUCACGUGUACGGCUUGGUAGGCUGGCAAAGUCAUGCCAUUUUCCAAGUCGCAGCCGACGGCCAACGUCUACUGCUGUGCGAUACGAGAAUACAGCGCCAGGUGCAGAAUUACGAGGAGGCACUUGCGGUGUGGAGCAGCAUCUUGUCCCACACGGGCCUCACGGCAUACUUGGGUCUCGUAGAUUUUGGCCGCAUACAAAGAGGCCAUCGAGUUCUCAUCACCAACGCUGCAGGCGGCGUAGGAACGAUUGCUGUUCAGAUAGCCAAGCUCAAAGGCGCUCAUGUGGUCGCCACCGCGGGCUCCGACGCCAAAAUCAAGUGGCUAAAGGAUGUGCUUGGAGUGGAUGUCGCGCUGGACUACAAGACCGUCACUAAUGCCGACCUUCGGCGCGCCUUCAAUCCAGGUCUUGACAUUAUUCUCGAUAAUGUGAUUCAUCCCCUCACGCUCGCUCCGAGACCUUUUUGCUUUUGUUUCGAAUGGCAGGCUCAUCCGUCGGGGUUUUUUUUUCCUUUCACUGCACAGGCUGGAGGACGCGUGCUUGAUCAAGCACUGUUGGCACUGUCGCCAGGCGCACGCGUGGCGCUCAGUGGGUUCAUGACGGGUGAGCAGAGCCGAAUCGCAUUCGCACAUCAUGGCAUGCAGCGGACCGCAUCUGAUUCCACGAGCGAGUCCUUGCCGUGCACAUCGGUGGUGAUGAACAGCUUACAAGUCUACUGAGACUCGCGGACUCACAAACAUGUAUCGCGUGAUCGAGACUAGCUCAACAGUGCAGGGUCUCUUGGUGACGGGCGAAAUGAUGGAAUCUCAUACCAAAGCCAAGGAGGAUCUCUACGAGUGGUUCAGACAAGGAGCUUUGCGUCCCAUCGUGAACGUGAGAAGAGGGCUGGAGCAAAGCCCAUUGUGCUUCCAAAGUUUAUUUCAGGUGAGGAAGCUGGACUGGCUUGCCUUAGCCGCGUCGCUCUCUGCCCAUCUGCCGCUAUUGCUGCUCACUUGGACUUGCUGUUGCUGCAGAGUGGACGCGAAAGCGUGGGAAAGUCCAUUGUGCUUCUGGACGACGCAUCUGACUCUCUGCCUGGCCACAACGCUCCAUGGUCUGCAGCCAAGCCGACCAUCAACCGCCCAUUUCGAGAUGGCGUCCAAGAUGGCGUCAAAGAAACAGUCAUCACCAACUCUCGAGAGCGAUCCAUUCAUCUUCUUACGAGGUUGAUUCCAAGUAUCUCUUCGCGAGGAGGGCGUCAAAUAAUUGUGCUGUUCAUCCAUGGUACAGGUCUGCCAAAGGAGCUGUGGCUACACGUCAUCAAUCGUCUGUCUGAGAACGUGAUGGCGACACCGAAUGCGCAAGGGCAAAACGAUAUUGCGUGUGUUUGUUUCGACAUGUCUCGUAUGGGUGAGAGCAAUCGGCUCAAUCGUCAGGAUGGUCGAUCAAUAGAAGAGGGACGUGAGUAGAGGGGGCCCCUUGGCUACCAGAAGCAGGGCCGCAGGUUCAGCCUGCUUCACAAUCUUGCAUUCACAAGAACCCAAUCAAGGAGCUCACUGCUGCGCUCGGAUCACUCAACAGAGACACACGAAAUCUGGCAAGCAGACAUCAUCGAUGUGGUGCAUGAUAUUGCAUCGAGGUCGUCUGAAACAUGCGACUUCAUUUUGGUGGGGCACUCUGCCGGAAGCACAGCGGUGUACGUUGCCCCAUGCUUUGCUUCCCAGGCAUACCAGACCGCGCUGAAUGUAUACGCGUCUCGGCCUGUCUUGGUAUUAGGUUGGAAUCCGCUAUCAAGUUGACCAACAGCAACGUCAAAGUCCUCGGCGUCGUUGCGAUCGAUCCUACAGCGCUGGCAGCCGCGAGCAGCCCGGCAGCAAGUGCCGAGCCGCGUUACGUCAAAGCGCUGAAGAGCUCAACGGCUCGAAGAAGGGAUAACUUUCCCUCUACCGACAUCGCUCGAAAAGCAUACAAAUCUAUGCCGCUCUUCAGGCAUUGGAAGGAUUCGCAGCUCGAGAUUCUCAUUCGCUUCGCUUUCACUCAGCAAGGCGAUGGGUCUUUGCAGAGCAAGACAAGCAGAGAGACAGAGAUGGUGAGAGAUAUAUAUAGAAAAGCUUCACAGCUGUUGGAACAGUGAUCAGACGUCAGAGACACAAAUUCUUGGACCUCGGCGCAGCACUGACAGAGCUCCUCUCCAACGCGGUGCGAUCUGAACUGAUCGGACGCGCACACAGGACGUCUACGAGAAUUGGAACAAGGCCUUCCCUGUCCUUUCUGACCGUUUCCGAGCUUUUCCAUGCCCACUGUUGCUGAUCAGCGCCACACAAUCGGACAUCUUCCCGCAUGCCCUAGCUUGCCUCGCUGCCAAUCAACCGAGCGCUAUUGACGUUUAUCUGCAGACUAUCGACGCGGAUCACUUGGUCAGUCGUCUUCUGCUCUUGUGGAUCUUUGUAGGCUGCAUGGCUUGAGCCCGAGUCAUCAUCGCGACUCAAUCUUUCUGCUUCUUUGUCGGUCACAGGUCAUCGGCAGCCAUCCAGACGAGUUGGGUGAGUGAACCUUUUGCGGACCUCUUGCCCUCUCUCUCACGUUGACGCUCAUCACCGCAUCUUCGCUGCUGUUCACUCAGCCGAUCACAUCUAUCAUUUUAUGCAAAAGCUCUAA